UGUUUCGUGUAAUUAUAUGUCAAAGAUACUACUAUCUUCUUACAUUAAUACCCUUUCUGAUUAUGUCACAGAAUGUUCAAGUAUUGGGUACUGUCGCAGUCAGCGGUGCACUACGUGUGCUAGAUGUCUAACGUCAGACUCAAGAUACUUUUAUGAGCUGAGUGCAUCUAAAAAACAAUGUUACCGAUGCCAGCACAUUGCCAACUGUCAAGCAGAGGAGGUGUGCACAUGUAAUGACUGCCAAGUGUGCUCACGAUGUGAAGGAGUUGUGAUAGAAGGACCGGGGCAGAGAGCUUAUGUCAUUUCAAAGGACGGAAAAUACUGCAGAAAGGCAUGUUCAUGGCGACAAGACAGCACGUGGUGUUACCCGGGGACGUGCGAGGAUGAACUGGCCAGUAAUUGCACCUGCGCUGCUGGAUUCAGUGGUCCGAACUGUCAGAAUAUUGACACACCACCCCUGAUACCAUGGAACAGGAUAGUAGUGCACGGCCAGAGAAAUGAAACAGCCGAGGCUCCACUCGACCCUAGCAACUCUGAGGCCCAGGAAGACUCAUGGACAAACCUGAAGAACAUUCACAACAUUAACUAUGAUUUUCGCACCAACUUUAUCCCUUCUGGACUACUGACAACCAGACAUAAGUUCAUAGAUGGUUACAGUGUUGGAAUUGUGCAAGCCAUCAUUUAA